AGGAAGGGGAAGAAAGAGGCUCGUGGGCGGGGUUUGGUUGCCACAGUAACCGGGAAACUUGGAAUGAGUCGGGAGCUUCCUGCGCGGUAACUGACAAGUAGAUUCCUGGUACUGGAGGCCUUGACGCUAUGAAUCUCGAUGAGCGAUAUGUUUUUGUGGCAGAAUGGUAUGACCCGAAUGCUUCCCUUCUGCGACGUUAUGACCUUUUAUAUUACCCAGUGGAUGGGUCUAUUGAAAUGCAUGAUGUAAAGAAUCAUCGCAUCUUUCUGAAACGAACUCCGUAUGAGAGUGUGCGUCUACAGGAUUUGUUUAUCGGCAACAAAGUGACUGUCUUUUCCCGACAGCUGCAUCUGAUUGACUAUGGAGAUCAAUACACAGCCCGCCAGCUCUGCAAUAGGAAAGAAAAAACCCUGGCAUUACUUAAACCGGAUGCAGUACCACAUGCAGGAGAGAUCAUUGAUAUGAUACAAAAGGCUGGAUUUAAAAUAAGCAAACUCAAGAUGAUGAUGCUUUCAAGGAAAGAAGCAACAGAUUUUUAUGUCGACCACCUAUCAAAGCCAUUCUAUAAUGAGCUUAUCCAGUUCAUGACUAUUAGUCCUGUUAUUGCCAUGGAGAUUCUAGGAGAUGAUGCUAUCAAUGAAUGGAAGAAAUUAAUAGGACCUGCAAACCCUGGGAUGGCUCGUACAGAAUUUCCUGGGACCAUCAGAGCACGGUUUGGAACAGAUAGCAUAAGAAAUGUAGUUCAUGGUCCUGAUUCUUUUGCUACUGCUGCCAAGCAAUUGGAAUUGUUCUUUCCCUCCAGCGGAAGUGGCGGGCCAGUAAAUACUGCAAGAUUUACUAACUGUACUUGCUGCAUUAUUAAACCUCAUGCUAUUAGUGAAGGGCUAUUGGGAAAGAUCCUAAUUGCCAUCCGAGAUGCAGGCUUUGAAAUUUCAGCUAUGCAGAUGUACAAUAUGGACCGAGUUAAUGUUGAAGAGUUUUAUGAAGUUUAUAAAGGAGUAGUAACUGAAUUUAAUGAGAUGGUGACAGAAAUGUAUUCGGGCCCUUGUGUUGCCUUAGAGAUUCAACAGAAUGAUGCUACAAAGACGUUCCGUGAAUUCUGUGGGCCUGCUGAUCCUGAAAUAGCUCGUCAUCUCCGCCCUGGAACCCUCCGAGCUCUCUUUGGAAAGACCAAAAUUCAGAAUGCCGUUCACUGUACUGAUCUGCCUGAGGAUGGUCUUUUAGAGGCAAUGGGGGUUAAGUGGCUUUCCCAGCGUCACACAGCUAGUGUCAAGUGUCUGAGGCCGGAUUUGAACUCAGAGAAUUUUAUGAGAGACUUUGUCAAAAGCUUCAGUGAAAACCAGGUACAUGCUAUCUACAGGAUUCUGCCAGUUCUACCAGUUUAAUAAUCCUAUCAAAGA